CCGGUAGAAUUUGCGGGAAAAUUUAACUAUAAACAAAACUUGACAACAUAACAGCUAAUGAGUCAAUUAUUUAAACCGAUAACGUCUCUGGAUGAAGUGGCCCUUAAAGAGACUCUGUGCUGUUAUGUGCUGGAGAGACAUGAGGUGGACAUGAGAAGUGUUUUGGCUGCUGAUGAUCAAGAGGAACAUUAUGCUGUGAAUAUUAAUGCCCUGUCAAUGUUUGAGCGGUGUAUGGAGAUCUGCCCUGUGCUGAUCACAUCUCCCCUCGUACUGCUCCCAGCCUUCGACUCUGCCCUUGUUCAUGCACAGACCCUGCUCCUGGACCAGCUCAGUGACAAAAAUGGACAUAGUGUGAAGGCAAAUGUCCAUGCGAGGAUAACAUCACUGCCAGUCCAGCCAGAAUUCACCAGAUCUACUGUGCCAAAGACUUCCGACAUUGGGAACUUUCUCGCUCUCACUGGCACUGUUAUAAGGACAACAGUUGUGAAAGUACUGGAAUAUGAGAGGGACUACAUCUGUGCCAAAUGCAAGGCUGUUAUCACUCAGAAGGCAGAUGUGGAGCAGUACAGCAGUGUUGGGAGGCCGGCUCGGUGUGUAAACGAUGUGUGUAACUCUACCUCCUUCACACCACUUUCUGACAACAGUGGUCAGCCUGUGAAAUGCCAAAACUACCAGGAAAUCAAGGUACAGGAACAAGUCCAGCGACUUGUCAUGGGAACAAUUCCCCGAUCAAUGUGGAUCAUUCUGGAGAAUGAUCUUGUGGACAGCUGUAAGGCAGGAGAUGAUGUGGUCAUCUGUGGUGUGGUAAUGCGCCGGUGGCGAGGGCUGGCUGGGGAGGUCAAGUGUGACAUAGAACUGGCAGUGAAGGCCAACAGUAUCCUGGUCACCAAUGAGAUGCGGAGUGCUAGCACCAUCACACAGGAACUGCGUGAUGAGGUGGCUGAGUUCUGGCAGGAACAUGAGUUUUCUCCCCUGACAGGCCGGAACGUGAUCCUGGCCUCCCUGUGCCCCCAGGUGUAUGGACUGUAUGUCAUCAAGCUGGCUGUCGCCAUGGUGCUCGCUGGAGGGGUCAAGCGUGAGGAUGAGGGAGGUACAUGUGUUCGUGGGGAGAUCCACAUGCUGCUUGUUGGCGACCCCGGGACGGGUAAGUCACAGUUCCUGAAGUAUGCGACGAAGGUGACGCCACGCUCUGUACUCACCACGGGCAUUGGCAGCACCAGCGCUGGGCUCACUGUCACAGCUGUCAAGGACAGUGGUGAGUGGCAGCUGGAGGCGGGGGCUCUUGUGCUGGCAGAUGGUGGCCUAUGUUGUAUUGAUGAGUUUAACAGCAUUCGGGAACACGACAAGGCAAGCAUUCAUGAGGCCAUGGAGCAGCAGACCAUCAGUGUAGCCAAGGCGGGGAUGGUGUGUAAGCUGAGCACGAGAACCACGAUCCUGGCUGCCACAAACCCUAAAGGACAAUAUGACCCAAAUGAGUCACUGUCAGUGAACAUCGCACUGGCAAGUCCGUUACUGAGCCGUUUUGACCUCGUUCUUGUGCUGCUAGACACCCAGAACGAGGACUGGGACCGUGUCGUCUCUGACUACAUCCUGCUGGGCAAGCAUCCAGCCCACAUUGAGGGAGACAAGCCUCCACUAACCUGGAGCAUGGAAAAGAUGCAAGGUUACAUAUCACUGAUAAAGACACUCAGCCCAGAACUCACUCCUGGAGCAACCAGGGUGUUGCGGCAGUACUACCAUGCCCAGCGAGGCUCGGAUGACAGGAACGCCGCCCGCACCACCAUGAGGCUUCUACAGAGUAUCAUCAGGCUCGCCCAGGCCCAUGCCAGACUGAUGUUGCGAGUCCAUGUGAGCGUGCAGGAUGCAGUGGUCGCCGUGACGUUAAUGGAAUCCUCCAUGCAGGGAUCUGCCUUACUUGGUGGGGUAAACGCCCUCCAUACGGCCUUCCCUGACAACCCAGAGCAGGAAUACAGGGUGCAAGCCCAGCUGAUACUGGAGAGGUUGGGCUGCCCUGAUCUGCUGGAGGAGGAAAUGAAGGCUAUUGAUGAGCUGGAGAAAGUGCAUCAUGAGAAGGAUGCUAAUUCUGCUGUUACAAACCACACAGGGGAGAGGGGCUCACAGCCAGACCAGGUAGAGGUCAUUGACUUGGACACUGUUAAAGGUACUAAACUACCUGAAGCUGUGACUGGCAAUGAACAAACAGUAAAGACUUUGGAUAGUAAAAGUAAUGGAGUGUAUGGUUUUUUAACACCACAUGCUGAUGGAAAACAGACAAACAAUGGAAUGCAUCCACAGAAUGAUUUGAAUGUCACUAAUGUUUCUCUAUCUGAUAUUUUGGAAUCUAGCAAUGAAAGUAGCCAUGAAAAUGUCAUGGAUGGAGCACAUGAAUUUCCAAAAAUUGUACCAAGCUUAGGGGAGAUUUCUCAAAGCCAGAAAAGUAUCAGCAUUCACAGUUUUAAUGUUUUGCCUUCCAAUGCGUCCACUCCAGUAAGAAAGUCCGUGCAGAACGCUGGUGAUGCUGCAGUUGUUCUAGAACCUGGAGUGGAGACAAAUGUGAAUAAUGGGAAAAGUUUGAUCAGGCAGACAAUAGAAAACAGAUUGACUCAAGUUCAGUCUAGAGAAACAUUAAAAUCUCCUGAAGAAGAAUUGCUGGACACAUCUAAUAUUGACUUAAGGAAUGUUCAAAAAUUGGUGUGCAUUAAGAAGCCAACAUCAAAGAAGCUUGGUGGAUUUAUUAAAAUAAAAGGUAAAACAAAACAUCUCACAAAGAAGUUGAACAGGCGUGAAGAUACUGGCAAUCAUGAAGGCAAGGAAUGUGAGGGACAGAAUGGCAAUCAUGAAGGCAAGGAAUGUGAGGGACAGAAUGGCAAUCAUGAAGGCAAGGAAUGUGAGGGACAGAAUGGCAAUCAUGAAGGCAAGGAAUGUGAGGGACAGAAUGGCAAUCAUGAAGGCAAGGAAUGUGAGGGACAGAAUGGCAAUCAUGAAGGCAAGGAAUGUGAGGGACAGAAUGGCAAUCAUGAAGGCAAGGAAUGUGAGGGACAGAAUGGCAAGAAAAACACAGAAAAGAAGAAAAGAGCUGUGAUUAGUGACUCUGAUGAUGAUUGUAUCAAUGUGCAGAACACCAAGAGGUCAAGGUCAGACACAAAUCAAACGGUCGAUACGAAUAAAAGAUGCUCUGGAGACAGUAAAACAAGUGUUUUGUCUUUACAUGGUGGUGUUUCAAAGUCAACGUUGUCCAAGUUAAAACAGUUCCAGUUUGAUGAAAGUAAGAGUAGUUUUAUAAAUAAUCCUACAACUGACAUUGGAUUGUCUGAAAGUAUACUUUCUGGUAGCAUGUGGGUAGAUGAGGAUGAUAAACUAGGUAGGUCUGAAACGUCUUUAACAGAUACUGAUGAUCUGGUCAGUGAAAUGAAUAACACUAAAGGUAUCUCAGGUAUCUCAAAAAAACAACACAUUAACAAUGAAAAUGACAUAUCUAGAAGUAAAUCUGGCAGUGGUCCUGCCUGGUUGCUUUCCCUCAAAAAGAAGUUUUCUCCACAGUCUCAAGGUGUAAAAACACUGAUAAGGCCCUCCUGUGAGCUGCAAACUUUUAAACCUCAGAGUGGCAUACAGGUCAGUGCUGGUGGCUGCAUCCAGCCAAACACUUCACAUGCUUCUGUGGCAGGGAAAGGGACAUUGUUCUCCAUAAAUGAUGAACUGGACUUCGAUGAUCUGUGAUAAAAGUUGUUGAUAUUGUUAAGAGUGAUUGUAAAUCUUUUGUAUUAUUGUAUUUUAUAAGAAUACUGGUUUAAGCUCUUCAUAUUACCAUGACAAACUGGAUGAUAUGAUCUGAGUGUUGUUUCCUAAACUUAAUAAAGAGGGGUACAAUAUAAACCGAGCAAUGCCCCACUAUUGUGAACCUAUCAUAAGUUCUAACAGCCAUGUUUUACCAAAUCUUUGUGUAGACUCUAGGUGAUGUUCGAUUUUAGAUCAUGGGCAUUCAAAACCUAGCUCCUAUGUUCUAAAUCUUAGAUUUGUUUCACUUGAUAAAUAAUGACUAGCACUAUCUGUAUGCGGAAUUAUUUUGUUUCCGUUACUGUUUUCUGUAGAUACUGUACCAAUUUUAAUUAAGUCGUGUUUUUCUUCAACAAUAAAUCAUGGUAACCAGAAUCACUGUUGUCGUUUUUGGCGAA